AUGCCAUCGCCGGGCGACGGCUCGGGGCACGCUGAGGGCGAGGACUCCGGACCGCCCUACCGAGAUAGAGAGCCACCUCCCUACUUCGACGGAGAGGACCCAGGGCAUAGCUUCAAGCCGUGGCUUAGGCAAUUGGAGCUGUGGGCUUUUGACACAGAGGCCCGGGGCUAUGUGAUGUUCCGGCAAGCCCGGCUUAGCACCGUGCAGGAGGACCAGCUGACCACGUGGACCGAGGGCAAGUUCAGCAGGGAGGCCGUCAUCAAGGCAAUGCGCAAGCUGGACAAGGUGCGGGAGCAAGGCAGCCCGACCAAGCGAGCAGCCUACUUUGACGAGGCCGAGGCCGAGGAGCAGGAGGAAGAGUCCGACCACGACGAGGAGUACAUCUACAUGGAGCAAUCGGACCUUCAGGAGGUAUACGAGGAGGCCGAGGUGAAGCAAGCUCUCGCUACUUAUCAGCAGGUCCGGCGGGCCCUCCAGGAGCAGAAGAACGCGCGCGAUUACUAUCCCACGGAGAAGCCGAAGGGCAAAGGCAAGGGCACGGGCAAGAAAGGAGACCGCAGAGCUGGGACGCGUAUCCACAUAAGCAUGCUGAAGCUCCGGACCAAGUGUGCGAAGUGCGGCCAGAUCGGCCAUUGGGCCGCCGAGUGCACAAACCAGCCUGACGGGUAUCGCAAGCCUGGGGGUCCAGCCACCACCGCGUCAAGCAGUCAGGUUGGCGGCACCAGCAGCAAGGCGGGCUUUUACCAGGCGUCCGGAGAUGAUGGUUCGAGUGCUUUCUGGGGCAAAAAGCCGUUGCUAGGAAGCUUCCUUAGAGCCAGCAAGACCGAGAGCAGAGAGCCAGAUCGCCCUUGUGAGCGCGGUGUCGUGGAGAGCCCGGGGUCUGUUCCUGAAGUUUCCUUUAGCGGUGUCACCACCCAGUCGCACCACGGCAUCGUGGACAGUGCUGCGCAGGACGGGGUCAUCGGAAGGUUGGCCCUCGAAAGGUUAGAGGAGGACUUGAGAAGCCGAGGCCUGAAGCCUCGAUGGUGUGACCGUGUGGUGCGCACCAAGGGCAUCGGGGGUGAGGCUCGAAGCGUCGGCGUGUGCGAGCUCCCGCUUAGCAUUGGCGGGGUCGCCGGUGUGAUGGAGGCGGCGGUCGUGGAAGGUGAGGUUGAGUGCUUGGAGCUGCGGGCCCUGAACAUGACGGUCGCAGGGAGGAUGAUUUUCGUGUCGAGCCGCAGCCCGUUGGAGGAAGUAGGUCCUUUGGAGGAUUUGCGCAACAGGCUGUUUCGGGCCAUGAACCUCUUGCUUCAGCUGCGUUCCGGAGCACCUUCGUCACCGGCGAGAUCGGGGCCGAGCGGCGGACACAACCCCCGGAGGGCACUUGCCGCCUGGAGGUUGGUGAUGGACAAGUUGAUCGACCUCAUCCUCCUCGCCGACACUCAGGCACGCGUGGCCGACUGGUUCAACGGGUCGUUGCUGCAUGCGUGGCUGCCUUCUGCGGCGGCGCCUGUGGCAUGGGAGCCAUCGACACCCCGGGAGCCGGGGAAGCGCACGGCAGCCCGGGUUGGGGACUACAAGCGCUGGAUCUCUUCGGGAAAGGCGCAAGUGCUUGCAGCCAGGAAGGCCAAGGCGGCACCGGCCGUGGCGUGCCUCGGGCGGUGGAAUGCCAACGGCACGGAGGAGUUCAUCGCAGAGCAGCGGUGCCGCGAGGAUGCCGCCAUGACUGGACCGGCGCCCUCCGGCACACCACAUUGCUUGUGCGGCAGCCCCGCGGUGAGGCUAGCUACCAAGAAGCCGGGCCCCACGGAAGGCCGCCACUUCUGGGUGUGCCAGUACUUCGACUGGGACCAGGAAGAGGUGGCAAAGCUCCAGGGAGAGAAGCGCAAGGAGAUGAGCGACCAGAAGGAGCAGAUCCAGAUGUUGCAGGCCCAGCUGUUGAGCAACCAAGAGGAGUACGAGAGGACGAUCAUGGCCCAGCGGAGCCAGUUCGAGACGGCUUUGGGCCAGUUGCAGAUGGCCAGCGGGAUUUCGGGGUGGCGUGCUAUGCAGCUGGAAGAGAGGAUCAGCCAUGGAAGGGCCCGGGUCGCUUCUGAAGGCUACUGGUGGAAGCCUUUGCAUAGCGAGGGGGCGUGCCAAACCCAGUGGCAUUUUGCCGCUGGCCUUGUGCCGGACUUCAGUGAAGGCGUCCGGGUGCGGGGAAUUUUUCAUGAAGACUUCUAUGGAAGCGAUGGCAACGCAUGGCUGGAACAAAAGACGCUGUCGAAGCAAAAGGCAAAGAAGAUUAUGAGGGCAUUUGCAGGCCCGCGGGCGAGCGGGGAAUGUUCCAGAGACGGCGCUCGCAAUUUGGAACCAGCGUGGAGUUGGCAUGAAUUUCGGUGCUCACGAGUGCCGUGUGCAGUUUUUGUGGUUCAGAUGCUCGACCCGGGCGAAGCAUUCCGGUGGCAGUCUGUGGACUUGGGUCAGAAAAGAGCGGUGGUGUUGUAUGUCGGUCCCGAGUUUCGCAAGUACGGUUGUGAUUGGUAUCGGUGGCAACUCGAGAAGCAGGGUUCUGCAGCUUUGUUGGUGCAGGAGCCCCGGGAGAAUAUCGAGGCUGGAGCAGCCAGCUUCUUUGCCAAAGGCACCCACAUUGAUGUUGAGCGUGUGUGGUCCAGUUUGUCAUGCAAUUCCUCCUUCACCUUGUUCGGCUCUGUGAUCAGGUGGUCUUUCGAGGACGAGCUCUAUCAGGCCAAAGGCAGUGCAGUUUUUCACGAGGGCGAAGCAGAUGAUCUCGAUCUGGAGGCCGAGCCUUUGGAACCCGAGGAGGGCACCGCGGAAGCCCCGAACUUGGCUGCAGCAGAGGAGUUGACCCCGCACCAGAAAACUUUAGUGAAGCGCAUGCACGACAACAUGGGGCACCCGGAUUCCCUCACCUUCCUUAGAACCUUGAGGCGAGCGAAGGCGAGCCCGGCGGUGCAGAAAUACGUCAAGGAGAAGUUCGAGUGUGAGGCGUGCAAGUCGCGACCGUUGCCGAAGCCGAGCCGCCCCGCCACAGUGAGUAGGGGUUACCGGCCAGGAGUCAUUGUCGGAGUUGACGUGGUGUUCUUUCCCGACGUGGACCCCAGGCAGCUCAAGCCUGUGCUUAACAUCAUUGAUUUGGGCUCGGGCUAUCAGGCGCUUGAGCCGAUGCGGGAGAAGACGGCUGCAGAGGCCUUUCGGAAGUUUUGGAAAGCAUGGGGUCGGCCCUUUGGCUCCCCGGAGGUGCUGGUAACGGAUGCCGGCACGGAGUUCGGCCGGGAGUUUUGCGAGAUGGCCGCCGGGCGCGGCAUCGUCACCAGGCAGGUGGGAAGCAGGGCACCAUGGCAGCAAGCCAAGUUGCUGUUCGAGCGUGUUCGGGACGAGGUGUGCCCGACUACGAAAGAGGAGUGGGCCACGGCGCUUCGUGAAACCGAGGCGGCCAAGAACCGUCUUUACCAUCGGAGUGGCUUCACCCCGGCUCAGCGUCACUUAGGGCAAGCCCCGAGAAUCCCAGGAUGUUUGAUGAGCGACGACUUCCUGGAUGCCGAGCUGGUCGAGGGAGGUGCCAAUGAAGAAAUGCGCCGAGUGCUUGAGAUACGUAGUGCAGCAGCCGAGGCAUUCAUGAAGUUGAAGGCCGGGAAGCAUGCGCUCGAGCUUCGAGGGCAAGGUCGAGGCGCUACAAGCCGGGAGAGCUACCGGGCGAAAAGCCAACUCGGAAAUCUCGCCUUUGUAUUAGGGGGGGACUGCGACCCAGAUGUUUUCAGCCUGGAACGCCAUGCUCCCACGGCGAGUUCGCUCACCUUAGCGAUGGCGAUGCAAGUGGCCUCCAUGAAGCGAUGGCUCUUUGCGCGCCAGCCCGACAACGGUCUGAAAGGAUUGGACCCAGGCCAAUUGCUGGAAAUCGUGGCCGGAGCCUACGGCCUGAACGACGCCCCGGCGCACUGGCGUCGAAGUCUGAAGAAGGCCCUCAUGCAAUUGGGGUUUGAGCAGUCAGUGAUGGACCCCACUUUGUUUCUGUUGAAGAAGCAGCGGCAGGUGGCCGGAAUGGUCAUCGUAGAGGUCGACGACCUGUGGACAGCAGGCGACGAGGACCACUACAAGCAGAUAGACGCCCUGCGGCGGAGGUUUGUCUUCGGCAAGUUCAAGUUCCUUCAAGAAGAACUGGAAGGGGUCGGCUUCAAUGGGAGAAGGAUGAAGCAGGACGAAUGCUUCAAUUUCUCCUACGACCUGCAGAAGUUCAUCGAGGAGCGGCUUGCGCCCGUGGAGAUCACCGGCAAGAUCGCGGACGAGCGGGCGACGGACCAGGAUCUCCGAGGCGAGGGCCGUGCUGGGCUCUUUGAACUGGUUGGGGUCCGAGACCUGAAGGAGAUCGACAAAACCGCGGAGCGCGCCAAAGCAUCGGCGAGCCUUUGCAUCAAAGUGAACGGAAUUCCCGAGGAAGAGAUCGGCUUCGGAGUGGUCAGCGACGCGAGCUACGGCAAUGUGAGGGACGGCGGUUCCCAGGGCGGGCACUGCGUAGUAUCCUUUAACGUUGGGAUCCACAAGGGCGAGGCAGCUGAAUGCAAUAUCCUGUAUUGGAAGUCGGGUCGCAUCCAUAGGGUAGUGAAUUCCACUUUAGCCGCUGAGAGCAUGAGUCUGUCACGCACUCUAGGAGAUCUCAUGUGGUGCGUCACUUUGUUCAAUGAGCUGACGCACGCAGGUUUUGAGUUGAAGGAGUGGGAACAGGCCCUCAAGCACCGACGCCUCUGUGUGGUCCCGGGGAAGCAAGAGGGUUGUCGUAACCGUGCUGUUGUUGAUGCUAAGUCGCUAUACGAUCAUUUGUCUAAAGAGACGUGCGGUCAUACGGCGGAUCGGCGCACUGCCAUUGAGAUGCAAAUCAUCCGGCAAACUUUGUCCGAACUCGGUGCGUCCAUCAGAUGGAUCGAGCACAACCGCAUGCUGGUGGAUUCUUUGACCAAGGUAGGCGGCAACGCAGAGCCGCUUAUCAAAGUUCUUGAGAGCGGGCGGUGGCGAAUCGUGGCUGAAGCACAGGAGGUAGAGAAACGCAAGUUGCUGAAAGCACAAGGUGCGUUAGUACGCCACAAGAAGUCUGGAAUCAAAGAGAAUUCUGGAAGCUGUAAACAGCCGAGCUGUUGUGAGUGA